AUGGUGAACCCCAUAAUUCCAAUUCUUUCAUUCUUCUUCUUUGUUGCAUUCCAUCCUUCACCAGUAUAUGCAAUCUACAAUGUGGUCAGGCUGGGAGCCAUGCCAGAUGGCAAGACAGAUUCAACCCAAGCGUUCCUCAGUGCAUGGGCAGCGGCUUGCAGCUCAGUCAGCCCGGCCAUGAUCUAUGUGCCGCCGGGAAGAUAUUCUCUGAAGCAAGCAACCUUUGGUGGGAAUUGCAAGAACACCGACAUCAUGAUACGUAUCGACGGGACUCUCGUCGCCCCAUCGGACUACACUGUCCUGGGCAGUGCCGGAACCUGGAUUAGGUUUGAGGGUGUGAGUGGUGUUACAGUCAAUGGAGGAACACUUGAUGGGCAAGGCAGCGCUCUGUGGGCUUGCAAGGCUGUGAGCAAGGGUUGCCCAGCAGGAGCUACG